UACUGUGUUUUUUGUAGUGUUUUUCUGGGUCACCUUCCCGGGUACGAUCCAGGGGGGGUCUGAGGCCACAGUAUGUGCCCAUGUCUUUUCCCCUAACGAGUCCCUGACCCUGACUGUCGCACUGACGCACAAUGACCAAAGGAAGACACUGUUUCUCAAACGGAUGGACCAAGACUUCUAUGAAUGUUUCCUCUUUCAGGCUCCAGUGGUGAAGGAAAAUUCUCAACAGAGCAUUGAGGUGGAAGUCCAAGGGACGUCCUCUCGAAUAACAAAGAGAAGCGAUGUGAUGUUUACUCCCAUGUCCUUCUCAACGUUCAUUCGGACUGAUAAACCUGUUUACAAACAAGGGCAGACAGUGCAUUUCCGUAUUUUCACCGUGGAUGAGAAUUUGAUUCCUGUCAAUCAGCUGUAUGACCGCAUGGAACUCCAGUCUCCUGUGGGCCAUAUAAUUGGCCAGUGGGUCAACAGCACGAACAAUGGCAGAAUUCUGCAGAUGUCCUUCCCACUGAAUUCUAAGGCAUACCCAGGACGAUACAAACUCUCCGUGUGGAGCCAGAAUGGCCACGUUGAAGAAAAUUUCGAGGUUAAAGACUAUGUUUUACCAAGGUUCCAGGUGGACCUUAAAGUGCCAGAGGAGGUCAAUGUCCUGGAAAAGGAGAUUGAGGCUGGAGUGUGUGGCACGUAUACGUAUGGGAAGCCUGUGGUUGGCGUAGCGUCGCUGAAGCUGUGUCGAGAAGUCUACAGUUAUUCACAGGACACUAAUGCCACUGCAGUCUGUCAGAUGGAAGACGUUCAGGUCAACAAAAUGGGCUGUGCCUUCCACCGGUUCAGCAUGUCCCAUUUUUGUUCAGUCAAUUGGGAUGAUUUUGCACGCUCGCUGAAAUUCACCAUGAAAUUAGAGGAAGAAGGAACAGGUGUCUUCCUAGAAGAAACAGCUCGAAUAAGCCUGAAUGCUGAUGCUGGAGGGUUAUCGUUUGUGGACACACCCACUGUUUUCCACCACAACUCCACCUUUGAGGGCAAAAUAAAAGCUGUUGAUUAUAAGAAGUCGCCCAUCGCCAAUAUGAAAAUUUAUUUAUCUGAUUAUUCCUGGACGAAGAAUAUUACCACUGAUGCCAAUGGUAUAGCGUCCUUCUCCCUAAACACAAGUAUUUGGUCUCAUUCAAAUACAAAGUCACUUUAUGGAAACGCACGCAAGGGAGAGAGUUUUCCAGGAAUGGAGUACCUCUAUUUCCAUGAUGCGUACAUAUACCUCACUCUGUGGGAGCCCAGUUCAAUAAGACCCACAGAGCCUCCACAGCCCCAGAGUUCCCUGACCAUAGAUCCAGUGCAGGACACAUUGUCUUGCUGGUCAGAGCAGCAGCUCCGGUUUCAGUACGUCAUCUUCGAGGAGACUUCCAAAAGUGCCUUAUUGGACCUGUUUUACCUGGUCUUGUCCAACGAAGCAAUUACCUCCCAUGGUCGUAUUCUAGUUGUACUGCAGGAAGGCAGUGUGACCAAGGGGGAGGCAUCCAUCCCAGUGCAAGUGACCCCUGAUUUUGGACCAUUUGGAGAAGUGCUCGUCUACUCUCUGCUUCCUAGCAAGAUUGUGAUUGCGAACAGUAUGAGAUUUAAAGCAGAAAAGUGCUUCAGAAACAAGGUCUCCCUGCAGUUCUCACACUCUCAAGCUGUCCCAGGGGAGGGAGUGAACCUGCAGCUCAGAGCCCAGCCUGGGUCUGUAUGUGGCCUCUCUGUGGUGGACAAGAGCGUGCUACUGAUGGAUGACAAGAGGCUAAAUGUAGACAAGUUUAAUACUGAGCGUGGAAGAUCACAUGUGGUUUGGUGGGAAAGAAGAGAGUGCCUACCUGUGAGGGCCGCCCGCUCUUUACAGGACGAAUACGUCAGUGGAAUCUCAGAGACCAGUAUCAGAAAGUUUAAGGAAAUGGGUCUGAAGAUUGUGAGCAGUUUUCUGGAGCGACCGCAGUGUGUGAAAUUAUUGGGGAUAGAGUUUAACCUGGAACCCUUUCCAUACAUGAGAUAUCCUGUUGGGGCAUCAGGGUUCUUUGGUUCUUUGGAAAAACCACGCAUCUUCUUCCCAGAGACAUGGGUUUGGGAUCUUAUAGAGGUGGGGGAGUCUGGCUCCUCUGUAAUUCAUCUCACAGCCCCUGACACCAUUACCACCUGGGAGACGGAGGCUUUCUGCCUGUCCAAGGAGGGUCUGGGCCUGGCCACUCCCCCUUCGCUCACUGUCUUCCAGCCCUUCUUCGUAGAGCUGACUUUGCCGCACUCCAUAAUCCGUGGGGAGCGCUUUGAGCUCAAGGCAACAGUCGUUAACUAUGAGCUCAAGUGCAUCAUGGUGACUGUAACUCCAGCACCUUCCUCCAACUACAUUCUGGAGCCUUUUGCAGCAGAGCAAUACUCUACCUGUGUUUGCCAAUGGAAGAUCUUCCGCUGGAUUUUGGUGCCCUCUGUGAUCGGGUCCGUGAACGUGACUGUGAGGGCCGAGGCAGUGGAGUCACAAACCGUGUGUGACAACGAAGUCGUUAGCGUCCCGGAGAAGGGGCGCGUCGACAUCGUCACUCGCAGCCUGUUGAUAAAGGCAGAAGGAACUGAAAAGACCGUCACUCACGGUUGGCUGCUGUGUCCUCAGGGUGCGCCCCUCCAGGAGGAAGUGAUGCUGCAGCUCCCUGCUGAUGUUGUGGAGGGCUCAGCCCGGGCAGCUGUCUCUGUGAUUGGGGAUAUCCUGGGCAGAGCGUUACAGAACUUGGAUGGGAUGCUCGCCAUGCCGUACGGCUGUGGGGAGCAGAACAUGGCACUGUUGGCCCCAAACAUCUACAUCAUGCACUACUUGAAGGCUACAGAACAGCUGGACCCCAUCGUGCUUCAGAAGGCCACCCACUUUCUGAAUACUGGCUACCAGAGGCAACUGAGGUAUCUGCAUGUGAAUGGGGCAUUCAGCACGUUUGGUCAUGGAACGGAAGUGAAUAGCUGGCUGACUGCAUUCGUCAUGAGGUCACUUGGCAGCGCGCGAUCUUUCAUGUACGUCGAACCCAAAGUGAUCAAUGGUGCGAGAACCUGGCUGCAGUCUCAGCAGAAAAAGGAUGGCUGUUUCAAAACUGUGGGGACCCUGUUUAACAAGAGGAUGAAGGGUGGGGUGAUGGAUGAUGUGACUCUCACCGCCUACAUCUCAGCAUCGAUGCUGGAGCUGAAUACAAGUGCAUCCAGCCCAGCACUAGCCAAGAGCUUGAUAUGUCUGAGGAAGGCCAGUCAUAACCUGAGUGACAUCUACACAACUGCUCUACUGGCCUACACCUUCAGCUUGGCCCAAGAGAUGGACACCAGUGAUCGCCUGCUGAAGUACUUGGAUUCUGUUGCCUCCAGGAAUGAGGGCCUGCUUCAUUGGUCCCCGCCGAGCUCAGAAGCAUCCACCUCGCUAUCAGUAGAGUUGACCUCUUACGUGCUCCUGGCUGUCCUGCGGCGGCCGCAGCUGUCCGCCGCUGACCGUGGCUACACCAGCCGCAUCGCAGGUUGGCUGGUGAAGCAGCAGAAUCCACAAGGAGGCUUCUUCUCCACGCAGGACACGGUGGUAGCCCUCCAGGCAUUGUCCCGCUAUGCUACCUUGGUCUAUAGUCCAGGAGGGACCAGCACAGUUUCAGUUCAUUCCUCCGGAGGCGACAUGCACCACUUCACAGUGGAUAAAACCAACAAGCUAAUCUACCAAGAGAGUGAACUACAAAGCAUCCCAGGGCAGUAUGUGAUUGAGGCUCAGGGCAGUGCCUGUGUCUCAGUGCAGACAGCACUCUACUACAACAUUCCUCCUACUGCUGAUGGCUCCAUCUUCGGCAUCACGGCUUCCACAAAAGGCAACUGCACUAGCAGUGGACGGCACCUCUUAUUCAACCUGAUUCUCCAAUACAACGGCCCAAGAGACAGUACAGACAUGGUGAUUGCAGAUGUGGCAAUGCUUUCUGGGUUCAUCCCGGAGGCAGAAAACUUGAAGCAGCUGGAGGACUCUUCGGAGGUUGACCGGGUCGAAAUUGAAAACAACCAUGUGUUGCUUUAUUUCACAAAGCUACUGCAGAAUAAUGCUACAGAAAUCAGCUUCAAGCUCAGGCGUGAGGUUCAGGUGGAGCCCCUGAAGCCAGCCACCGUCAAGGUGUACGACUACUAUCUGCCCAGUGACCAGGCUGUGACGAAAUACACUUCAGUUUGUGCCAAAGAUCAGUGACACAUGGGCGAUUGCUCUCCAACAGAGGAAUUAUGG